AUCUGAUGGAUUAACCCAAACAAAAUGGCAAUUGAUGUGAAGAUUUUAUCUCCGAGAAGGAGCAGAGAUUUAAGCGUUUUUAUGUUAAUUCUUUCGAUUUUCACUGCAUUUGGAGAGGGAAUACAAGUUUCGUAUCUGUACAAUAGCUGCAAUACCACAAUCCUAGCAGAUAUCACAGGCCUUGUAGAGCCCGACAGUAGUCUGCGAUACAGAAAUAAUCAGGACUGCCACGUUGUCCUCUCAACAGAGCCAAGCAAGAAGCUGCUCUUACAGUUCAACAGAUUUGUCUUAGAAGAGGCAGUAAAUGGAGCAUGUGUGGACAGUUUAAGAUUGCACGAUGGAGAGUCCGACAUGGCGCCCCCUUUGACCCCAAAACUCUGCGGCCGACAAUCCCUGUCCGAGGUGGUCUCAACCAGUAGCAAUGUGACGUUUGUGUUUGAAACAGAUGAUACAGGGGUUAGCCUCGGAUUCGGAAUUCUGUACACAGUGUUUGAAGAUGCACCAUGUUCAGCAGGUCAGUUUCAGUGUAACAACAGUCGGUGUAUUGAUUACUCUCUCAUCUGUGAUUCACUGGACAACUGUGGAGAUAACAGUGAUGAGGCACAAUGCAUGGAUGUCAUCGAAACAUCCAGUGGGCUAACACUAGGUCAGCUUGUCCUCAUCGCUCUUGGAGGCAUCGUGGUCGUUGUCAUCGUCAUUUUCAUUGCCAGAUCACUUGCACAGAAGUUCCGCUCCAACAAGCUUGUGAAGCAGCUCAGAGCCGACAUGGACAACUCCCGGGUGGACAACGAGUAUAGCAAUAAAGACUUCUGGGGCAAGUGAUGGAGCAGGAAUAGACAUGACAGGCCUCUUGGUUAAGUUAGCAAAGUGUAGUUGGCCCGCCAAAAUGUGUAAGGAAUCCAACAUUAAUAAUGGUUGAUCGCAAAAAAUGCACACACUUUACACAGUUGAAAUCAUGUGUUUUGGGUUAUCAUUUCUCUAUAGAAAUUGAUUUUCCUCGAGACCCAAUUUGUUGAAAUUUUAUUCUAGUUUCUCAAAAUACAUACUUUGAAAAGACAUCAUUGUCUACUUUGAAAUGGGCUCUGUAAGCAUACCUUUGUACGUUCGUGUUUUGUUAGUUAUCUAUCUUAAAGACCAUGCAACUCAAUGAAUUUAUUCUGAUUCCGAUAGUACCUGCUGCAGCAGAUGCCUAGAAUAUAAUAAUAAUAAUUUUUUUUCAAGAGUUCAUACAAUGUCAAAAUGGCAAACUGCUUGAAAUCUUUGUAAGUGACUGGACAUUCACAAGUACAAUUUUGUCAGGUGAAUUUACCUGGCCUGGGCCCCAUCUUACUAAGAGUUAAGAUUGAUCCAAUCAACCCCAACUUUACGGAAAUCCAUCUUUGUCAUAGUU